AAUUAAAAUAUUUCUAAUACCCGUCGUAUAAUUUAAAAUGGAACGAUCUUCUACUUCAAAACAUAGCAACCAAGGAGUCCCGAAAGGAAAAAUAAUGCCUUUCAAUAUGUAUGGAGACAAAAAGCAAGCUUCAUUUCAAUCAGCCAUUAAAUACACAGUUCUUAUUGGACAGUACUUUGGUUUGAACCCUGUCUCUGGUGUAAGUGACUCUGAUAGCUUUCCAAUAGUGUUUUGUAGUUCAAACUGUUUAACUACUAUAUUAUUUUACCGGGCUGCUGUGAAAUGGGCGAAAUUAUGCACAUACAUAUCUAAGAUUGAAGCAAUAGACCCUAAUACAGAUGUUUCCUUCGCUACUAAAUGUAAUCUAUCAUGUUUAGUAAUAUUGACUUUAGCCCUUGUUGAGCACGUCUUCGCCAAUCUCUCAAAAAUCGUGUAUGUAUUCAACUGUUACGCAGAUGACGACAAAUAUGAGGCGUUCAUAUUGCAUAGCUUUCCAUGGGUUUUUAAUAUUUUGAAUUAUGAAACUUUAGUUGGAGUGUUAGUCCAGUUUUUAAACAUCCAAUGCACUUUUAACUGGAACUUUGCGGAUUUAUUUGUAAUUUGUGUGAGUUUCUAUUUAAUAUCUCGGCUAAACCAAGUAUACAGAAAAAUUGUAGCAGCUAAAGAAAAGCAAAUUGAAAUUCCAUUUUGGAGAAGUAUUCGAGAAGAGUAUAAUAGAGACACGAAACUCGUGCGGCGUUUUAAUGAUGUUAUUGGUGGAAUCAUAUUUAUAUCAUAUGCUAACAAUCUAUUCUUUAUUUGUAUGCAAUUGAGAAACACUCUUGCAAAGGGAAUUAAGGCUACGCCACCAUGCAGUAUUGAGAGUCAAGAUAAAAGGCCAUUACAAGGAUACGAGCAAGCAGUGUAUUUCAUGUAUUCGUUUAUAUUCCUCGUCGUUCGAUCACUGAGUGUUUCGCUGAUAGCGGCACAAGUACACACUGCGAGCUUGGCGCCUGCUCAGAUAUUGUAUGAUAUUCCAUCGUCGCACUUUAAUAUUGAGAUGCGAAGGCUUAUGGACCAGAUACAUGGAACCACUGUCGCGUUGAGUGGUCUACAGUUCUUUCAGAUCAAAAGAGGAUUGGUUCUCACUAUUGCUGGGACGAUAGUAACAUAUGAGUUAGUCUUGUUGCAGUUCUCUGACGUCACACAAACGAAUGUUGAAUAG